UUCGUCUCUCCCCACCAACAAGAGGGAUAUUACGGAGGAAGAAAGAAGAGAAAAACCAGAGAGAAAGAAGAUGGAGAUGGACGGGAAAGAACCCUCCGAGAAAAACCAUAAUCUUUCUUCUGAUCACUCAACUAAGGUUGUCAAGUUCAGAGGAUGGAAAGCUAUGCCCUUCAUUAUUGGAAACGAAGUGUUUGAAAAGCUUGGAAUUAUAGGAACUUUAUCUAAUCUCCUCGUCUACCUCACCGCCGUCUUCAACAUGAAAAGCAUUACUGCUGCAACAAUCAUCAAUGUCUUCGGCGGCACCACCAACUUCGGCACCUUCAUUGCAGCUUUCUUAUGCGAUUCCUAUUUUGGCCGAUACAAAACCCUCGGCUUCUCCAUCAUUGCUUGUUUUCUGGGUUCGGUUGUGAUGCAACUCACCUCAGCCAUACCCAGUUUACACCCAGCUCCAUGCUCAAACGGACCAGACACCCUCUGCAAAGGACCGACAACAGGACAAGUUUUAUUUUUGAUGACUGGUUUGGGUUUGUUGAUAAUUGGGGCUGGUGGAAUUCGACCAUGUAAUUUGGCAUUUGGAGCAGAUCAGUUUAAUCCCAAUACAGAAUCUGGGAAGAAAGGGAUUGAUAGUUUCUUCAAUUGGUAUUUUUUCACCUUCACUUUUGCUCAAAUGGUGUCGUUGACUCUCAUUGUUUAUAUUCAAUCAAAUGUUAGCUGGACAAUUGGGUUAGCCAUUCCGGCAGCUUUGAUGCUUUUGGGCACCAUUGUUUACUUUGCUGGUUCAAGAAUUUAUGUGAAAGUGAAAGCUAGUGGGAGUCCAUUAGGGAGUAUAGCUCAGGUCAUUGCUGUUUCAAUCAAGAAAAGGAAGUUGACUCCUCCCAAGCAGCCAUGGCUAGAGCUCUAUAAUUAUAUCCCUCCCAAGUUCAUGAACUCCAAACUCGGUUACACUGAUCAAUUCAGAUAUUUAGAUAAAGCAGCAAUAAUGACAGAAGAAGACAAGUUGAACCCAGAUGGAUCUCCUGCAGAUCCAUGGAAGCUCUGCACGAUGCAGCAAGUUGAAGAAGUAAAAUGCUUAGUACGAGUCAUGCCUAUCUGGGUUGCAGCUUCAUUCUACUACAUAGCCGUGAUUCAACAAAUGACAUACCCAGUUUUUCAAGCUCUUCAAAGUGAUAGACGUUUAGGAAGUAACAAUUUCGAGAUCCCGGCUGCAUCCUACGUCGUUUUCUUAAUGUUAGGAAUGACCAUCUUCAUCCCCAUUUACGACAGAAUACUAAUUCAGUUCUUCAAAAGAAUUACAGGCAAAAAGGGUGGAAUCACUCUACUUCAAAGAAUUGGAAUAGGCAUGUUCAUUUCAGUUAUCUGCAUGGUGGUAUCUGCUUUCAUCGAGGAACGAAGAAGACACAUAGCUUUAACUCAACCAACUCUUGGAAUGGCAAAAAGACGAGGUGCUAUAUCCGCCAUGCCGGGAUUAUUCUUGAUUCCUCAAUUGAUGUUAGCAGGAACUGGAGAAGCAUUUACAGCAAUCGGCCAAGUUGAAUUUUACUACAAACAGUUUCCAGAGAAUAUGAGGAGCAUUGCAGGAUCACUUUAUUACUGUGGUCUGGGUUUAUCUAAUUACCUCAGUACAUUUUUGAUCUCUGUGAUUCACAGGACAACAAGAAAUGCUUCAACUGGCAACUGGUUGCCUGAAGAUCUUAACGAUGGAAGACUGGAUUACUUCUAUUUCACCAUUGCUGGGUUACAGCUGGUUAAUUUGGUUUACUUUUUGAUCUGCUCAAACUGGUAUAAGUACAAAGGAGCCGGGAACAAUGAGGAUGAUAAUGAUGAAGGUGGUAAUAAUGGAGAGAAGAAAAAGCAGAAUAUUCAUGUUUAAAGACUGUCUUUUUGCUAGGGUUUAUGGACUCCAUUAAUGGAAGUUUAGUUGAAGAUCGGCAGGCAGAAUAAAACAAGGUGGGAGGAAUGAAAUGACACAUGGGAGCUCAUGUUGUCCUGUUGAAAAGUUUAUUAUCUGAAAAAGAAAAAAAAGCUGUCUAACCCUUUUAGGAAACAUCAUAUGGAAGCUGAUUCAUCUUUAA